AUGGCUCAGCCUAAUCCUUACCUGUUGGCCUGCGACAACCCGUCAGCGCUACUCGAACUCUUGCGUGCCAAUCCUGCGAUCGCUUCUUCCCAAGACGAAAACGGGUACUCCCUGCUUCACGCCGCCUCUUCAUACGGCCAUGUCGAUCUCCUCCGUGCGCUAGUGAAGGAGUUCAAUGUGGAUGUCAACCUCCUCGACGAAGACGGCGAGACCUGCCUGUUCGUGGCCGAGGUUCCCAGGAUCGCGCGAUGCCUGGUCGAGGAACUCGGCGUGGAUUAUAACAAGACCAACGAUGAUGGCCUCAAGGCCUAUGAGAAGAUGGAGGCCGAUGAAGAGUUCCCUCAAGUGGUCGCCUACCUCCGUGAAGUCGCCGGCGCUCCUGCCACAGCGCCCGCAGACGGUCCGGAGGGGCCAUUGAACGCUCCGCCGCCCAUUCCUGGCAACAUGCAGGUGAACAUUGGUACAAUGUCAGAGCAAGAAGUCAAUGCUAGUGAAAUGGAGGUUGAUCCCGAGUUCAAACGCCGUAUCGACGAGUUGGCAGCUCGCGAAGACUUCAACAGCGCUGCUACACAAGAGCAAUUGCGGGCAUUGGUCAUGGAUGCCAUUUCUGGUUCCAGCAUUGAGACUGUGGAACGUGAAAUUCGGAGGAGGACGGAGUAG